UAAAAACCCGGAAGCUUUUCUUGUGGCGCGUUACUUUAGAGAGUACAGAGAGAUGUCCCUGACUUCCAUUCAACCCCAGCUGUCCGUUCUGAAGUUAUGUCAGACUGAUAUCAACACAGGAAUGGACAUUGUGUCAGAAGUCGCCCUGGACCUGGUGGAAGCUCAAGCUACUAAUGACAGUCCAGGUGUGAAGAAACUGGAACAGAUGAUGUUGGAAUGUGCCAAACUAGAUCAAGAGAUCAACUGCUUUGUGGAAUCUGUCGAACAGAUGAUUACUCAGGUGAGACGUGAGCCUCCACACGCCAUGUUCAAGCUGAAAGACUCUGUGAAGGAGCGAGUCGCUGAACGCAUGGAUGCAGUCUCAGACGCUGACAUUGAACGCCACAGUAAAGUGGUAGACUUCAGGGACAGCAUCAGGAAAUCUCUGCAACAAGCAAAUCAGGUGGCAUGUGGCAGCGUGGAAGAGGAGCUGGACGAAGACAUUGCUGUGACACAGAGCCAGACGAACUUCACAUGCCCUCUUACGCAGGUUGAAAUGGUCAAUCCAGUGAAAAACAAGAAGUGCCAGCAUUACUAUGAUCAUGAAGCCAUUCUGUCCCACAUUAAGAUGAAGCAAAACAAUAAGAAGAAAUGUCGCUGUCCUGUGGUCGGUUGUGGAAACACGGACGUCAGGCCAGUGGAUUUGGAGCCAGACCUGGUUAUGAGGAGAACUAUAAAGAACCAUAAGAGACAGACUGGAAAGAGCUGAGCUAGACUCGUGCGUAAAUACUAUGUAUGUGUAUAAAAAACCCAUAGAGACAAGUGUUUUACUGGGAAAUACGCCACUCAUAUUUUUCAUACAAACUACAUCCGGGCCAUAAAUCUCUAUAUGUCACUCCUGAGGAAAUGUUUUGAUAAAUUUGGGUACUUUUUGUUUGUGGAUGCGUCUAUAUAAUAAAAAGAAAAUCGCG